GUUGCGCUAAUAAUGCCUACGUUUUGCGUCAAGCCGACGAGAUUGGCUCACUGAGUGCGAAUCACUGGAAGCUCGUUGCUCGCGGCUUACUGCUCGCUGCGUUACUCCUCGCACUGCUGCGUUUCUCGCAAUCUGUUGCGUAGCCAGCACAGUCAAAAGCCAUCGCUUUGCUGCAGCGCUGCGUAAACGCGACGUUUGCGACACGUGACGCGCAGCAAUUAUAGCAGUGGUCUGGUACGCUUGCCGUAGCACAAGAUGGCCUCGAUGCAGCCCCACGCGCUCGACCAGCUCUGGGCCACGGUCUCGUCGCGCAAGGGCGCGGACCCGGCCUCGUCGUGGACCGCGAAACUCCUGUCCAAGGGCGUCAACAAGUGCGCCCAGAAGGUCGGCGAGGAGGCGACGGAAGUCGUCAUCGAGGCGGCGAGCGGCAACGCGGCCGGCGUCGUGAGCGAGAGCGCCGACCUGCUCUACCACCUCGAGGUGCUGUGGGCGGCGACGGGCGUCGAGCCGGAGCAGGUCUACGCCGAGCUGCGCCGCCGCGAGGGCACGUCGGGCAUCGCCGAGAAGGCCGCGCGGCCCAAGGGAUAGACAGCUAACAU